AGGCCCGACGCGGUUGGUCGAGACUGGCAGCCGACCGUGGCUCAUGAAAGGCAGGUUCCUAUUGGGGAACUGGCACGAGCUUUUUAAUUUUAAAUUUCGCCGCCGUUAAGCUCCGUCACGCUGCAAUGCACAAGUUGAGUCAGCGUCGCAGGAAAUGGAAGAUCAUGAGAAAACAACAAGCAAUGGAAAAGGCAUGGAAUGAUAGUAAGCGACGAUUACUGGCAAAAAACAAAAGGCAUUUCUGCAAGACAAAGUCAAUUACUGCUGAAACUACAGGGAAGAAGGAAACACCAGUGUCUAAUAGCAAUUGCUCCCAGCAUGAGCCUGUUCCCAUCAGGCUCAUUUCUUUAAUGAAUGUGGAGAAUAUGUUGAAUCCUCUUAAGGCUGUGGUUUCCUCCUUGUACAGUUGGUGGCUGUACGGCAUUAGGCAGGGUUUAGAAGUAGUGAAGGACAUAUUAUUUCCUUCUCGUGUUUAUUUGAGGGAGCUGAAUGCACUGCGGCAACACAUUGAGACACUUGAGAUGAAACUAACACAAUUGCGAGAAAUCUUCAAUGUAAACCUGGAAUCUAAUAAUGCAAAAGCUUCUGACAUGUGUUCCUGUCGAAAGUGUGUUGAUUUCUCCACAAGCCCCGCAAAAAUACCAGUAUGGCCAGUCCAGCCAAUUAUUAGUCGUCCCAUGCUGCCAAAACCAUUCGGGGCCCUUCCUCCUCCACUUCCGCCACCCCCUCCUCCACUGCCACCUCCCUCUGUGUUUGUACAGAAACCUCUGCAGAUUCAGCGAAAGAGUAGGAGUGAAAUGUCUUUGCAAACUCUCUCUGAGGAAGUUAGCAGAUUGCCGUCCAUAACUAUGAAAGAUUUACUUAAAGUAAAACUGAAGAAGACUGCAGACAGAUUUGAAAUAAACAAGACUGUUCCUGAGAGGAUGGAUGGACCAUUAUCUGUGACAGUAAAGGAUUUACUUGAGGUGAAACUGAGGAAGACCCAGAACAAAUUGGAAGAAGCAGAGAUGAAUAUACCAGGAAGGAAAAGAUCUCCUUUAGUCACAAUCUCUGAUCUACAAGGCUUUAAUUUGCAGGAUAAAGCUAACCAGCUGCAGAAACCAGCAAAAAUGAUAACCACUCCAAACAAACCUGUAAUGGAUCUUCGGCAGCGUCUAAAGAAGGUAGCUAUAGAAAGGAGCCCUGGCGGAACACCUCUCUACAAGGAGAACAGAGACACCGGGACAGGACUGACACCAGUUAUGACGCAAGCACUAAAACGGAAAUUUGAGAUGGCUCGUCCCAAAAGUCCUCCUUGCUGCUACUCUCCGAACGCCAGCUUUGAUGAUCAAAUUGCAAACUAAUGUUCUUUGAGCAAAAAGUUUUUACUUUUAAAAUUGCAAAGAAUGUUAAUGCUUUUGUAUGUGUUUUAUAUAUGAUAAAUAAAAACUGUAAAUUUCACACGCAUAAUUUGCAGAUAAAUGGACCCUGGCUGAAGGUGAGUAUACUGUGCUCUCCGGUAUGGGCACUUUUCAUGUGCAGUCACUUUUCAUGUGCAGCCGACAUAGCUGUGAUGUUGUUGGACUCCUAUGGUUAACUGGGGGUGCUGUUAACCUAAUUGCAUUGUGUGCACUAUCCCCAGCGUGUAAAUCUGAAAGCUCAAGAUUGGGAAAGAGGUUUAAGCCAAUUUAAACCACAAGGCAAACAGUCAAGUGUUUUCAUUGUUUCUUUCUGGUAAAUAGCUCUAUUUCAGCAUUGAAUCUACAUUAUACUGUAGCAAUUAAUUGCCUGACUUGUGACACGGUUAACUGUUCACACAGCUCUGCUUUGACAUUUUUUCAAAUUGCAGUUUAAGAAUUUAAAAAUAGCUCAACUCACAGCCCAUUUUCCAGACCUAUGGGUUUGCUCUGUUUUUAAUUAACUCUAAUUCCCCUACAUUCUUUAAGUAUUAAACUCGAGAUAAUUCCCAUGACCUUUUGGGGUGGGAUAAAAUAAAAUUCCAGAAACAACUGUGUUCAUCUGUGGCCUGUUGCCCUUCAGUUUGAUUUAUGCAAUUUAUUGGAGCUGAUAGAAUAUAGUGGUGCUUGGGGUCUUUGAUUCAACAUGUACCUGACUGGAACACAGCAGUAUAGAUUAUCAAUUAACCAAAUGACUAAAAACUGCAAAUCCUCUUACCAAUAGCACUUUAUAGCAAAGAUCUUCAUAAUUUGCACUGGCAGCUAGUAAAUUAUUUGCAUUUGCCACCCUUUGUUAUGUGGUAACGAUUAAAUCUAGAUCACAUUUUUAUUAGUUACUAGUUCUGGGCUAAUUGCAACAUAUUUAGAAAAAGUAUUUUACAUUUACUACAAUAUAAAAGCACACCUCUGUCAUUUUUAAUAUGUUGCUACCAUUAGUAUUUCUCUACACUUCACCGUUUUAUUUUACAAAGUUGCGACACAGAGCAUGUUUAUAGUAAUCAGGCUAUUUACAUGAUGCAAUUGGAAGAUCUGGAUAGUCAGCUUUACUACUUCAGUCAAUGGAAAGUAAACUCAUACCCAAAAUAUUUAGCAUUGGGAAAUAAUAUGGGAGUGUAGGGAUUCCCCUUUUCUAUCUCUCUCUCACUGUUUCAUGCUUUUGCUCUGUCUCAAAAGGUUGUUGUUGUUUACUACCAGUGGAAAUACCGCUAUUUCAAAAAGUACAUCUACAGAAAUGUAACCAUGUUUUUUUAACCUCAACUUGGGGACUGAAAUGUUAACUUGAGUGGUGACAUGCAUUUUCUGAUUCAAGUUCUCUGUGUGAAGCAAUUCUGAGCUGCUAUAUGCAGCUGUGCAUGUGCUUUUAAUAAAGUGAAUACUGUCUAAUGA